GUACAAACAACUUCUGCGCCCCAUCUGUCUAUAGGUUUCGAACUCGAAGUCAGACGCCUGAAUUGCCGCAAACUUUCAAACGUUGAGUAACUGUGAUUAUGGAUUCUGCGCUGCCCAGCAAGAGUCAAGUCGACCAGGCUAUCACCGGCUUGGCUGAUGCCGCCAACUUAUACUCAGAGGCACCCGACCUGGCUGGCUACGCGUCGCGGGUCGAGAUAAUUGCCCGGGCAAGGAGGCUGAUUUGUGGCCUCGUGUCGCCAGAUAUGAUGCCAAACUAUCAUGGCCUCAAUAUGGCCGAACUCGUCGCUAUCCGCACCUUCAUCAAGCUUAAAGUGUUUGACGCCAUUCCGCGUCAAGGGGCGAUUUCUCUCCAAGGCUUGUCCCAGGCAACUGGGGUCCAAGAGUCCCUUUUAGAGCGGAUGAACCGAGUCCUCGUCGCCGCUGGGUUUCUUGAGCAAACGCAGCCCGAUGGCGGCGACUAUCUGCAUACAAAGUUCUCACAAGCGUACCUCUUGGAUGAGCCGGGGCCGGGCCAUCUCUUCUUGGCCAUGUAUGACGAGUGGCUCAAGCCGAUGCACAGUUUUGACGACUAUCUCGCGGAAAGGGGUCAGCUGAACAACGCCAAAGAACCAGACGACCCCCUCUUCAACCCAUACACCUUCUAUCACAAACGAGAAGGUACACCCGUAUGGGCCAUCAUGAGCCAAGAUCAAGAGCGCCUCCGAGCUUUCCAGAUGGGCAUGGCCGGACUUGACCUUGCCAUACCUGUCGUCGGCCACUUUGACUUUGCUUCGUUGCGAAACAGCCCAUGCGAGGUUUCAAACCGGCGAAUACAGCUCGUUGACGUGGGGGGCGGUCGCGGCACGGUGCUGAAGAAGAUACUUGACUUUCACGAAGACGCCCUUGACCCCGCCGCUUGCGUCCUGCAGGACAGGCCCGAGGUGAUUGCACUUUCACGAACAGACAACGUUCUCCCCAGCGAGGUGCAGCGUCAGGAGCAUGACUUUAUGACCGAGCAGCCCGUCAAAGGCGCAAAGGCAUACUUUAUGCGCAUGAUCCUCCACGACUACGCGGAUGAAGUCGGCAUCAAGAUACUCUCCCGGCUAGCGGGAGCCAUGGAUCCAGAUUCGCGGGUUCUCAUCUGCGAAAUGGUGCUCCCAUCACGGGUUGGCGAGGCCGACUUUCCCGCCGCCGUGCUCGACCAAGCCGUCAUGACCAUGGGCGGCAAGGAGCGGACGGAGCGCGGCUUUUCCCAGAUGCUAGAGGCCGCUGGUCUAGAGCUGGUCAAGGUUUGGCGAGUGCCAGGGGUACCCGGCGGCUGUGUUGAAGGGAGGCUGAAGCGUCAAUGA